AUGUCAGACAAGCUACUCUGCCACUGUUCUCGUAAAUGUGGUGGCCCCAAUGGCGCUGGCCGCUUACUCACGCGGAGGGUUGUCAACCGACACCAAAGACAAGAGAGGGAGCUCGAAGCCCGCCUCCUUCUCGCUUCGACGAGCUCGUAUAAUGAGCACCUUCUUCAGGUCUCCUCCGCCAACUCAGGCCAAAAGCGACCGGCCCAGAACAUGUCAGGCAAUCGAAACAAGCGCGCGCGCACCGCGGAGUCCAGUGUAGGGGACAUUCGGGUCAGUAAUUCGAACCAGCGCAACAGCGGCAGUACCGAGGGUGAUCGUCGUCGAGAUGAGCUCGAGGAACACGCUCGAGGGGAACUGCAACCUCACAGCAACCCUGAGCCGAGUCAGCGGCUGCAGCCAGGCGUUUUGAUGGAGACGAACGAGUCCGCCGAAGCGCACGAACUCGGGGGCGAUAAUUGCGAAACUGAGGACAGCACCGAGCUCGACGUCAAUGGCAAUGCUCCUCCUGACUCCGACCGAGAGGACUCGCGCGAUGCGGAUGUUCCAGAUGAGCUCCGCGACGCAGAGACCUCCGCGCCUCGAUUUAACCCUGUACUCGACGACCUCAAGAUCUCCCAGAACUUCAUUGAGCUGCUCCAGAACGCGUCUCUCGAGAGCGACGUUGAGCCCCUUCCCGACGACGUUAUCCACCGACUUCGCAACCCACCCACGCACCCACCGACUAUCGAAGACUCUGACCACGCGUACUCCUUGGACCUCUUCUUUGCACUCACCGAUGCCUCCGAGGACGCCUACAACAACGCGCGUAAGGCCUAUCUGCGCCGUCAUCCCAACAGCAAGGUGCUUUCAUUCUACGAGGUGAAGAAGCUAGUGCGCGAGCUGAGCGGCAUUGUGGAGGUCAAGCGCGACAUGUGCGACAACUCGUGCAUAGGGUACACGGGUCCGUACCGUGAUCUCGACCACUGCCCGUAUUGCGGAGAGUCGCGCUACGAGCCCACAGCAUCGAGCGGCAAAAGAUCGCGGAAGAAGCGCCCUCGAAAGCAGUUCACGACCAUACUGCUAGGCCCUCAGAUUCAAGCGCAACGUCGGGGUGCGGAGACGUCGAAGCUGAUGCAGUACCGCGAGCGCUGUACAGCCGCCGUCCUCGACGAGUUAAACACGAACGACGGCGUCAGGAUUUCUCCCUUCCGCGACUACAUUGACGGCGCGGAAUACCUCGCGGCGGUCCAGGAUGGUCGGAUCACGCCUGACGAUAGCGUCGUCGUCCUGUCUAUGGAUGGCGCUAUGCUCUAUCGCAACAAGGCGUCGGAUUGCUGGAUAUAUAUCUGGCUUCUGAUGAAUCUCGACGUCGACGUGCGAUACAAGAAGCGAUUUGUUUGCAUUGGCGGCACCAUUCCGGGGCCAAACAAGAUACGCAAUGCGGACAGCUUUCUCUUCACUGGUCUUCACCACCUCGCGGCCAUCCAGAAGGAGGGUCUCGCUGUCUGGGAUGCAGCAACCGGGCGCAUCCAUUAUGAUCACCCAUUCCUGUACUUGGCAACUGCAGACGGGCCUGCCAUGGCAUACCUGAAUGGCUUCGUCGGGCACCACGGCCGCAUCCACUGCCGCUUCUAUUGCCCUAUCAUUGGACGUCACAAGGUCGGCGGCCCCCAUUACUAUCCCGCGCGUCUCCGUCCGCACAACUACCAUGUCCCUGGCUGCGACCAUCCGGAUGUCGACAUCCGAGCUCUUCUCCAUGAGCAUACGACGGAAAGCGCUACCGCGCGCUAUCUCAAGAACCUUGAGAGCGUCGUAAAUUCGCCAAAUAUGACGUGCUACGAGAAGAAUCGCUUGGACACCGGGAUCGUGAAGCCUUCGAUCUUCAGUGGCCUGCCUCCCGCGCAUAAUCUAGGCGUCCCGGCGAUGUUUGGUGGUGACGCGAUGCAUCUCGCCACCCUCAACAUUCCCGACUUGUACAUUUCGCUAUGGCGUGGGACAAUCGAGUGCGACACGCGUACCGACAGCAAGGCGGCAUGGCCCUUCGCAAUAUUCCAGAGUGCAUCUCGCUGGAAGGCCCAUGGGAAGCUGGUAGCGGAUGCCAUCCCGUUCACGCCAGGAUCCUUCGACCGCCCUGCACGCAACAUCGCCGAGAAGCUCACCAGUGGCUACAAGUCCUGGGAAUUUCUCAUGUAUUUCUACGGCCACUGUCCGUGCUUGCUCUUUGGUGACCUACCGGAGGAUUACUAUGUCCAGGUCUGCAAGCUUAUCCGCGCCACUCAGGUCCAGAUCGAGGAGGAGAUUGCUGUGGACUUGCUGUUUGAGUCGGACGAGCUGAUGUGCGAGCAGUCUGACGAGUUCGAAGAGCUGUAUGUCCAGCGUCGUGCGGACCGCCUGCACUUCGUUCGCGCGAGCAUUCACGCCCCUUCGCACAUGCCCCGCGAGACAGAACGCUUAGGUCCCAGCAUGAUUUACUCCCAGUUCACCAUGGAGCGUACCAUUGGGAACCUUGGCGAGGAGAUCAAGCAGCAUUCAAAUCCGUACGCGAAUCUGUCCGAGCGCGCGAUUCGCCGAUGCCAAAUAAACGCUCUAAAGGCUCUCCUUCCCGAUAUCGACCCGCCGGAGCCAAAAUUCCCUCGUCGAGCACACGUACUGCACGGAGGUCAAUUCGCCCUACUCCCGCGUCGAGACAAGCUCGCGAGAAAGGUUGCGCCCGUGGAAGCUCGCGCAUUGCAGCGCUUCCUUAGGGCACAAGGGGAUGAUACAUGCGUGGAUGUCGAAACCUUGAGAAUACGUCGUUGGGCGCGGCUUCGACUUCCGAACGGGCAGACAGCUCGGUGUCGGUGGCAAGAGGACUCGAUGAGUCUGAAGGAAAUUCGUAUGUCACGCAAUAUCAAGCGAUAUCCUCUAUUCUUCCAUGAUUCCUCUGCUCAGGAUAGGUACUAUCUGGUAGAGCGUCCUGGACUUGGAAUCCUGGAGAAGGUCGGAUACACAUACAAUGAGUCGCACGACUCCGAUGACGAGGAAUAAUAUAAAAACAAGUUCUGUCUCAA